AUGGGUCAGACAUCGGCAAAACGUAUACAAAAUCACAUCUCAGCCAUGGAGGGAGCCGGUUACACUGUGGAUGAGAAAUUAGCCACAAAAUUGCGGAAUUCACUUACUAAGCUGAACAUUAUGAGUGACGAUGAUGGGCAACUUAUGUGCAUCUUGCCAGUUCCGAAUGACAUUCUAGAUUCCGAUCAGGGAAUUAAAAAGGAGAUACAACAGCAGUUAUCUCUACCCAGGCCAAAAUUCUUCCUUAACUGCUAUAACGGAUCUCAUAUAUGGACAGAGACGGUGAUGCAGCUCAACUAUCAAGUAUUCAGGGAAUGCGAACAAAUGGCUAAUCAUAUACCAAAUUGCGGACUGUUCACCAACAAACUGGGUCUUCUGAUGAGUCUCCGCAACUAUGCCGAUGACUGCAAGCGUAAUUCACGAAAAGACGUUUCUGUAAACUUUAUCCCGGAAACAUACUGGAUCGACGACGCCAAAGAGAAGGCUGAAUUUAUCAACAAAUUAAGUGACCAUCAGAUAUGGCUAAUGAAACCAUGUGGUUUGAAUCAGGGCAAGGGUAUAUGCCUGAUUCGUUCACAACAGGAUUUUGUGAGACUUGAAGAGGCCCGUUCUGAGGAGGUUCGACGCAAUCCCCAAAUGUGUAGGCCUCGAAUCGUCCAAAAGUACCUCACCACUCCACUGCUGUUAAACAACAGGAAGUUUGACAUUCGGUGUUACUUCAUGCUCGCAAGCACGAUGCCUUAUUUGGUCCUCUUUACGCCGGGUUACAUUCGUCUUUCCCUUCGCAAGUAUGAUCCCGCCGACACCAAUCUCGUUACCCACCUUACAAAUCAGUUCAUACAAAAGAGGGAUCCGAGCUACGAUAGGUCAAAGGAUGACUCCGUGUGGACAUUCAGGAGGCUGAAUGAGUAUAUCAACACUAACGUCGCUCCAAACAAACAUCUACAGAAGAACUGGGUCACUAGGCACAUGUUGCCAGAAAUGCACAGAAUAACAAUGCAUGUGUUCAACGCGGUUAAGGAUAAAUUGGCCUGCCGAAUUGGAUUCUUUGAAAUCUACGGAAUGGACUUCAUGAUCGACGACAACAUGAAGAUUUGGCUAAUUGAAAUUAAUUCCAAUCCCGCAAUGAACACCAAUUGCGAAGUCCUGCGACAGGUCAUUCCGCCCGUUGUCAACAGAUUCAUUCAGAUAAGCAUAGAGUGCUUUGAAAAGGCUCGUCGUUGGCAGCCGCUGCUGCCAAUUUUGGGCAUUCUUCCCCGAAAUCCGUCCGAGCUUGGCGAAGAGCGUGACUCAUACACCUGGAACGUCUCCCUGCGACCGCCUCCUAAGUACAUUACGAACGGCGGUCUACCGGCCUCUUUCACCAUCCUCUUUAACGAGAGUCUUACAGCUGCCAAGUCACGGCAGAGCCGAUGCUACAGCACUCCACUGCGCCUUUGGGUGCCUCCCAAAAUGUACCUGACUGCCCACCUGCCCAAACCUGGUCUGGUUAUCCGGCGGUCGCCUUCGCCGCCCUCACACUCCUCCGCCUCCCUCCCGAGAAUAUCCGCAAUACCACACAAAUAUUCAGCCUUGGCGACCAUGACUUCGAAGCCGAGCCCUCCACGCACCGACUAUCAGAAACCUCCUGCUUAUAGUCCACGUGAAAUGAGGUUUUUUCGCUCCCCCUCGCAUAGGGUUACCAGUGGGUCGGAAAGCUCCCGCCACUCCACAGAAAGGGAAUCAAUCCCGACUCAAAACCUACAAGAGUCACCGCUAGGGCUGCAGAGAGUAUCAGACUUAGGGGCAAAUCAAAGCAUUACUUCAGAUAAGGCUGAUGUGCCAAAUGUGGUGGCGGUGGCGGAAGAACCUUUGGCUCAGGAGCAGGUCCACAAGCUCCCUGAUCCACAGAAGGAACUGGGCAAACUAAGUGAUGAAUAUCUGGUGGUCGCACCCGAUGGUAACUUUGGUGCAAAUGGGAAACAUCAAAUGGAUCCAAAGCGACAGGAGGUAACGGGUACACAGAGUAGAGGCUCUGAUGAAUCAAACACCCUUCUGAGGCUGAUUCAAGAUGGUGCAUUUAAAUGGACAAAAAGAGGUACUGUAGGGAGAGAUUCACCAGCUGGCGUGGAAAUGCCAAUUGAGGACGACGUGGUGACUUCGAAUAACAGUUCUUCGGUGUCGACACACGCAACACCCAGAAGGCGGAAGUUAAAGAAGAACCGCAACGACAGCUGCUCAGUGAGAAUUCCCCCACUGAUGCCCGAAUAUGUGCUCAUGCCGAUCUCACCCGUUAUAAUGCCACCACUUCCACCCCUCGUAUUGGGAGCGACGUUACCGACUGAAAUGCCAAAUGAAGAACCGGAAGAAAAUGCGACAAACAACGGCAACGAACUCAUCGAUUUGUCCAAUAUGAGUGCAAAGUUUCGAAUCCCUGUAGUCGGCCAAUCAGCGCCUUGGCAUCGCUUACGCUGCGGCAAGAUGGCAAUGGAUCUUAAACGCUCUUUUCCAGCGAUGUCAAUGGUUCCGGUGCCAAAUAAACGGACAAGAACGGAAGACGCCAGGGCGAUUGUAUCGAAUCAAAUUCUGAAGUCUGCACAGGGCCAAAUUAUUCCCGCUGGAAUGCCUGGCAGUAUGCGACGUACUUCAAGCAUCUUGAGUCCAAAUAUGCUUCUCACUGGUCACGAGAGUGAAGUAUUCUGUGUCAAGUUUGUCCCAACAGAAGGAAGUUACCUUGUCAGUGCUGGAUUUGACCGUCAAAUAUUUGUUUGGGAAACAUAUGGGCAAUGUGACAAUGUAGCUGUCAUGGCCGGUCAUGGAGGAGCCAUUCUUAACUUGGCUUUGUCUUCUGAUGGGGAGUUGCUAUAUUCGGCUAGUUCCGAUAAGACCGUCGCCAUUUGGGAUCUCAACACCUGUCAGCGUAUCAAGAAGAUACGAGGACAUCAAAACAUUGUAAACAGUGUAGAUAUUGCGCGCAGAGGACCUCAGGUAAUUGUUUCUGGCUCUGAUGAUGGAACUGUGCGCCUUUGGGAUCGUCGCCAAAAGACUGAGGUCCAAAACUUUCAGAACACCUAUCAGGUGCUUGCAGUGGCAUUUAGCGACACCGCGGAAAUGAUUUUCUCCGGUGGCAUCGACAACAUCAUCAAGGGUUGGGAUCUGCGCAAGCUGGACGUUGCAAUGCGGCUGACGGGUCACACGGACACGGUGACGGGACUGGCGCUCUCACCAGACGGCGACUUUCUCCUCUCAAAUGCAAUGGAUAACACCCUCCGUGUGUGGGACGUGCGGCCCUACGCCCCUGCUGAACGCUGCACUAAAAUACUCCAAGGACACGUACACACAUUUGAAAAGAAUCUGUUGCGUUGCGCCUGGUCACCAGAUGGCCAGUACGUAACGUGCGGCAGUGGCGAUCGCUACGUUCACGUGUGGGAGGUAAAGACGCGAAACCUCAUCUACAAGCUGCCUGGGCACUCGGCCUCAGUGAAUGAGACUGAUUUCCACCCUCUUGAGCCCAUCCUCCUCUCCGGUGGGGGUGAUAAAAAGAUUUUUCUUGGCGAAAUUGAAUUAGGGUAUAAACGCGAUCAAUCAAGAUCUCGUAGUUUGACGAGGCGACAAUUGCGAACUUCAACGUCGAAAAAGGGCUCUGCCACAAGAUCUAGGCUAUCGUCUAGGUCAAAAACAGCUCGAAAGCUUAUCGACCUCAACAAGCGUGCCAAUAAGUACCAAGCAAAUAUUGAUCAAUACAUAGAACUUCUACAGCAUGCAAGCCUGUGGUUUGAUAGAAACCUAGAGGAAAUAUGGAAUAUGAUUUGUAUUGUCAAUUCUGAUGAGGCAGAAACAAUAACAUACGAUAGUUUCAAAGCCAUUCUUAUGGAUGUAAAAGCACCACUUAAUGAUGUCGAAAUACAUUUACUAACGAUGAUCUUGGAUCCCAACACCGAAGGUUCGAUCCAAAUAAAGAAAUUUGCAGAUGGCAUACUGGGGCUAUGCAAAGAAGAAGAAAUGAAGGCGCUAAAAGCAUGUCCGUCUCCUCUCAUAAAGCCGAUAACUCGCUGGGUUCGAGUGCACUUUCGGAAUGCGACUCUCGCCUCAAUAUCCCACCAUCCCCUCCACUUUGACGAAGACGUACCAACGUCUUACACAAUAGACCUGCUUGUUGAUGUCAUUCGGCGAAGAAACCAUAUAUAUGCUCCAUCAAUUAAACUCUUCAGAAAACAAGAACCUCUUCCACCGGAGGAAAUACAACAAGUUGGUACUUCGCUGGAACAGCUUGGAAUUAAGGGAGGAACCCGACUAUCACCGAUGGAAGCGACGAUUCUCUACCAAACGCAAUAUAGUAUCAACCUCCCCAGGGCUAAUCUAUUUGUUACCUCAAUUGACGACUCCUACCUGCUUUGGGAUGAGGCUGCACUUUGGCUAGAAGACGUAGACCUCAAGGGACCAGGUGUGCCGUCAGAAAAGUCUAGAUCGACUGUUGAAAGCGUGCCACCAACGGAAUCGACUAUUAGUAGCGAAUCAGACAGUAGUUCUGUGGGUUCUUUGGCAUCGUUUCUCACUGUGGAAAAGGCAAGUAAAUCAUUCAAAUUAUAG